CAACCCUGUGCGUAAAAGACAUUUUGGACACUUGGAUACCCAAACGCUGCUUUUUAAGUACACUGCACAGCAAAAAAGUGUUCACACGCGGAAACAAUGACAUUUUAAGACAAUUCAAGCCCAGUUUGGUUUAAAUGAUUCAUCUUUGACUUUCUUUUGACGCGUGAAAACCAGAAGUUUUCUGCUCGGUGAGGACUCUGCACGGACCAGCGUCAGAUGACCAGGACUCUCCAGAUCCACAGGUCAAGGAGUUCUUCUUUCUCUUUCAUUGAUUUUAGCCAUGUGUGCUUUCAGUAGUUGGAGCUAAAAGUGCAGAACAAGUCUUAGUGUGGUUGUGAGGGGGUGAGGGAGAGUGUGCGCGCGCUCCCGGACCAGAAGAGGAGAAAAUCUGGGAGAGAGGAGGAAGAGCAGCGGCGUGUCCAAGGAUGACUUUAGGCACGGAUAUGUCCGACAGCUCUGCAUUGUCCGAGGACGUGGACAUCGACGUGGUUGGGGGUGAUAUUUCCGUGGGGAAGGACGGGAAGUACAUUCACCACGAGUUUAACUUGGACAAUGACUCGGACGAUAAUUACUCCCAGAACGCGGCCGAGAGGGUUUCCUCCCCCGGGCUCAGCAGCUCCGAUUGCCCGUCAGACCAGAUGAGCUCCAGCGCAGAGGUGGGCUCCGUGAUCGGCGAGAAACCCCGGAAAAGCGCCCUCGUGAAGCCCCCGUACUCUUACAUCGCUCUGAUCACCAUGGCCAUCCUGCAGAGCCCCAAGAAGCGCCUGACUCUGAGCGAGAUCUGCGAGUUCAUCAGCAACAGAUUCCCUUACUACCGGGAGAAAUUCCCCGCGUGGCAGAACUCCAUCCGUCACAAUCUUUCCCUGAAUGACUGCUUCGUGAAAAUCCCACGAGAGCCAGGCAACCCCGGAAAGGGCAACUACUGGACCCUUGACCCGGACUCCGCGGACAUGUUCGACAACGGGAGCUUCUUGCGCAGGAGGAAGCGCUUCAAGAGGCACCAAGCGAAUGAAAUCCUCAGGGACUCCGGUGGCUUUCUGCCCGGCUUUGGAUACGGUCCUUAUGGAUACAACUACGGACUCCAGCUGCAGAACUUCCACGCAGCCCACAACCCGUAUCACCCACACCACACAGGUGGUUCUUUCCCCUUCCCUAACGCGCCCUGCACCUUGCCCUCAUCCGCCUCUAUAUUUCCUGCUCCACAUCCUCUCCCUGCCCUUUUAGGAGCUGAUCUCAGAAAACCCUUCUACCCACAACUAAGCCCGUCUUUACCCCCUCUCAAAGCGGACUCCAGCACCCCGAGCCGGCCUUCUUUCUCCAUUGACAAUAUCAUCGGCGCUGCGGCCAACUCCUCCACCUCUUCCUACGGCGCGCAGCCGAGCAGCCAGGCGCAGAUCCUGGCCAUGUUGACCCCGGCUCUGGCCUCAGCUUCCAACCAUUUGAACCUUUCACAGGACAGCAUAUUAACCCCACAGGGUCAGACUUUUACCAGCAAAACCCCCAACCUGAACACCUGCCCUUUUUAGAAACAAUGGCGCUUAAAUUGUUUAAUUAAAACGCCACUUGUGGCGUCAUCCUGUGUGAAGGUAGGCUGGGCAUUCUUGGUGAAAUAACGAGUUUUUGCUCUCAAAUUUCCCUCGAGGAGAAAAAGGUUUAUUUAUGUUUGUAAAUAUGUAAAAUAUUCAGAGACAAAAGCGAAAGAGAGGAUCUUUGGCCUGCAGUCUGGCGUGGUGUGGCCUUUACGCGUCAGCGUGAGAGAAAAAAAAGAUCCUGAAAGUGUCAGUCAAUUUGAAGAAUAUCUAUAAUUAAGAUUUUUAUUAUGAUUUCUAUUGUUUUUAUUUUGUGCAUCGUGAGAAACUGGCACUGUUGAUGUUGACAUAGUCUGACAGAGAGGGCAAACUCAGGUUUUUACUUUUAGAAAGCACAUGGAGACAAAUGAGGGGGGAGUUUCUGACAACAACAAAAAAUCCCACUAACCCCCCUCUGUUUGUCUCCUCUUCACGGUGAACUUGUGACAAAAGUAUCAUUUCAUGUUGUCGUUGGACACCUUAGGCUUUGUGGGGGUUUUUGGGUAUAAAAGAGCGCAUUACCUCUCAACCUUUUUAAUUGUUGUUCGUUUCUAUUUCACGACUGAAUCUGUGAAACAUAAAGUCUGUCAUGUGUUGCCAGUAGAGGAAGACACUUAAA